AUGGCUACGUGUUGUAGAUUGUUGUUGCAGUGUGAUUGGCAAGUAGCACUUAGAGAAACUGAUGGAAAAGCUUGGGUUGCUCUUCAAGAUCUUUCUGACAGUGCAGCCAAGCCAACACUCAGGGGUCAGCUAAUUAAUCGUGGAAUGUCUGCUACAGGACUUCCUUAUGUUGAAGGCAGCAAUGGAUUUUCUGUUAAAAACGUAUCAAAGGAUUCACUGCAUGUGUGUUACAAUGAUGAAGCUUCAAACCGGUUUGCACCUUCAGAAAUUAACUUCCAGAGUAUAGCAGCUGCUUUUACUUCAAUUCAUGAUAAGAAAAAAUCUGUGAUAUGUUUAGAUGUGACCAAUGGCGGACUUGGUGUAUCUUCUUCAUCUGAUGGUACCAUGAAAGUAUGGCAGACAGACACUGGCGAAGUACGGAGAGACUUAGUUGAACAUGUUGGAGAUGUCUACACAUGUCGUUUUUUCCCAUCCGGUAUUGUAGUCUUGAGUGGUGGUGCUGAUCUACGACUGAAAGUUUGGUCAGUAGAAACAGGGAAAUGUGCUGCAACAUUUAUUGGACACAGAGGCGCUGUCUUGGACACUGCCAUUGUAGAACGUGGUCGGAAUAUUGUCUCUUGUAGUCGUGAUGGAAGUGCCAAACUUUGGGAUUGCAGCCAACAAAUGUGUCUGGACACAUUUGAAGGAAUGGCAGGAAGUGUCAAUGGUAUUUCAGUUGGAGUCACGGAAAACUCACUUGACCUCGGACAGCCAGACAAACCUCCUGGAGAAAAGGAAGUCUUGACUGAAGGUAAAAUGCUGUUGAUGGCUUGUGAAAGUAACAGUUUUUUGUCAUAUGGACUUCAAUCUCGUAAAAAGAUCUUCCAUUACGAAUGUUCUGAUGCUGUCAAUUGCUGCACAUUUCUAUCCGAAAAUACUGCCGUUUGUGGAACUCAGAAUGGCAAACUCUCUAUAAUUGAUCUUCGUAAUUACAAUGUUCCUCUGAAGGAAUUCAAGACCUCCAAUUCUGCAAUUGAGUCCUUGUAUCCUCAUCGAGGAGGAUUCUUCACUAGUGCCCAUGAUGGAUCUUGUCACUAUGUGAACAAUCAAUAUGACUCAUAUUUGAGUUUGACUGGUCCUGAUUGUGACCCUGUCUACCGUGUUGUCUGCAACAACAACUAUAUUUUCACAGCUUGUCGGGAUGGACAUAUUCGAAAGUAUCGCUUGAAUAUACCCUAA